UUCACGCUUUUCGUCGCCCAGGCCGCUUUCAAAUGAAUUUCUAUUGCUCCUGGGGCUUGUAAUUCUGCAGGGGAAAAAUAGAUUGAUGGUUAGAUCUGCAAAAUACAUUUCUUUCGUGCAAUGCGGAAUGUUGCGGUAAAGAGGAAGUAGAUUCUAAGCAUCAUUCUUCUGGAAACGAAGCAACGUGCCGCUAGCCGUCAUGUCCAAACCUCCCAACAAAAAGUUGAACAAACUGAAUUUGACUAUAGCCCCAUCAACUACGGUGCCUGAUCCAGUAUUACCUAACGAUGCUGCUGGCAUUGGCUCGCAAAAAGUGGAGGAGAUACGAAAGAAAUUCGAUGAAUUGAACUUGGAUUCCUUACAGCGCGAGAGGUUAGAGGCGUUUCUAGCUGAAAAGAGGAAAAUUGGCGAAUUGAACGCUGAAGAUUUUGAAAAAUUGGCCGAAUUAGGCGCAGGAAAUGGUGGCGUCGUGACAAAGGUUUUGCACAAGCCGAGCGGUCUGAUAAUGGCUCGUAAGCUAAUUCAUUUGGAAAUUAAACCGGCUAUAAGGAACCAGAUCAUCAGAGAACUGAAGGUUUUACACGAUUGCAACUCACCCUACAUCGUUGGAUUUUAUGGGGCCUUUUACAGUGAUGGAGAAAUCUCUAUUUGUAUGGAACACAUGGAUGGUGGCUCCCUGGACCAAAUUUUGAAAAAAGCUGAUCGAGUACCAGAGGAUAUUUUGGGAGUUAUCACAAUUGCUGUUUUAAAAGGUUUAAGCUACCUUAGAGAUAACCACAAUAUUAUACAUAGAGGUAUGUAUUAUAACCAUGGUAAAUAGUUUGUGGUACUGAACUGAGUGUUCCAUCCAGAAGGGAACCUCCUUCUAUCAAUGAGUGCUACAGUAUACAUCAAUGUAACAAUGCAAAUCAUGUGUUUUUCACCAUGGUUAUCAUGAUAAGUGAUUAACAAACAUUUGAUUGUUUGUCUCUGAGUUCUCAGUACAAUUGUAGGUCAAGCUGUUAAUUAAAGAGGGGGGUAGUUUUACUGCUAUAUUGCUAGUUUUUUUCAGGGAUGAGGUCGAAUGAUUACGCGUUACUAUUUGCAAGCACGAUUGUUUGUUGCUUUUGCCACUUAGAUUGAAAUGGGUAACCAUUCACUCCCAUUUCUUGACAAAGAUAAGAAUCAAAGCAGUUGAAAUAUUGCAUUCCUUAAUUGAUGGCUUUUCCUUUGUAAUUGAUAGACCCAAAGUCAUGAGACAAAUGAUUAAACAAAUUAAUUUUAAUUACCGUUUGUACAA